AUGGCUUAUAAUUAUAAACAGAACAAUGAUGAUUACAGUACAUUCAUUGCCACUAGUGGAUGGUCCAUGUUGACACCAAUCGGCCCUAAAUGGACAGUUCAAGAGCAGCUUAAGAUUCGAAAUAACCUUGAGCCACAGCAGAUUGACAUUGUGUUGUUCAGCCAUGCACACUUUGACCACUGUUGGCCUCGACAGGGUAUUUCGGACCGGGCGCCGCAGAGCACUGCCAUCCUGGUCAUUUCCGGGACCCAAGCUCAAUAUUUGAUGGUCGAUGGUCGAUUCAUUGAUCUACAAAAGAUGACCGAGAGAUGGCAAACGUUGAAUGGUCCUUGGGCAUCGUUUGGACUGUUCAAGUCCGCAAUGGACCUUUAUGGAGACGGCUCCAGGGUAUAUUCCUGGAAACCUAUGCGCCGUUGCAAGACUCGAAUGAGGAGAGUGGGUCCUGCUAGGGAGCGACUGUUGCCAUUCAAGUUAGGGAGUUCCAAGGCUGAUACUCUCAAUCUGUCUAAUUCAGCAUUGAAAAGGCGUAUUAUCGACGGAAUUUCUGAUUUUGCAGUGGUGCCCCUCCCCGACGGGAAAACCUAUUGUCUUCAGGAUAACCUAGAGGCAACACGAGAGACUGUCGCAGCGCUUGGAGUCAUGGAAAAGGAUUAUGAAGUUCACAUUGCGUUGGCCCACGAUACUCAAUGGAUGAGAAUGGUUCGGAUCGAACACUCAUGGGAAUGUUGGAUGAUGAAAUGA